AUGCACAUUGUCCCCAGUAAGCUGCAGUUACUCCUGACGGGGAUAGUUUGUAUUACUGAGUUUCAUGCUGCACCAUCCACUCUCCAGAAAGAUCCUAAAUGCGGGCAGAAAUUUCAAGAGACAAAACCAUGGAGCUACCUUAACCUUUUCACUCGGAUUGUUGGGGGAAACCAAGUGAAACAAGGCUCACAUCCAUGGCAGGUUUCCUUGAAACGGAGGCACGAGCAUUUCUGUGGAGGUACCAUUGUUUCUGCUCAGUGGGUGGUCACGGCAGCUCACUGCGUCUUAGACAGGAAUAUUCUCCAGUAUUUGGAUGUCACUGCAGGAGAGCAUGAUUUGAGGAUCAGGGAGAAUAGUGAGCAGACACUCCCAGCUAAAUAUGUCAUUAAGCAUCCAAACUUUGACCCCAGAAGGCCUAUGAAUUAUGACAUUGCCCUUCUGAAGCUGGAUGGAGCCUUCAACUUCAGUUCAGCAGUUUUGCCAGCAUGUCUUCCUGAUCCAGAUGAAAAGUUUGAAGCAGGAUACAUCUGCACUGCUUGUGGCUGGGGCCGUUUAAAUGAGAAUGGAGUACUCCCUCAGGUCUUAUAUGAAGUCAAUCUACCAAUCCUAAACAGAAAGGAGUGUUCAAGAGCAUUAUCAAAUUUAAAUAAACCCAUCCAAAGUGACACUAUAAUGUGUGCUGGAUUUCCAGAUGGAGGAAAAGAUGCCUGCCAGGGAGACUCGGGAGGCCCUCUUCUGUGUAGAGGUAAGCAUGGUGCCUGGACACUUGCUGGUGUGAUCUCCUGGGGCAUGGGAUGUGCUCGUGGCUGGGCGAGUAAUAACAAGAAGAAACAUUACAACAGAGGAUCUCCAGGAAUAUUCACAGACCUCAGCGUGGUGCUUUCCUGGAUUCAAGAGAACAUGAGUGCAGAUCUGAAAAUGAAAAGCUCCCCAGCAUAUUGUAGCGUUCAGGAUGGCAAACUCCCUGACAGUGAAGGAGAAUUACGUUUUCCUGGCAGUCCCGAACAGUUCUAUCAAAACCACCAAUUGUGUGUAUGGACUCUAUUUGUGCCAGAAAGGAACUAUAUAUUGCUUCGUUUUUCCCACUUUGAUAUAGAGCCAGAAAUGUUUUGUGACUAUGAUUCUUUAUCAGUCUAUUCAACAGACAACAGACUUGUUGGAAAGUUCUGUGGAGGAGAUCUUCCAUUCCCUAUUUUGAUUGGCUCCAGUAGUGUAAGGCUGAAAUUCAUUUCUGACAACAAGGAUUAUGGAACUGGUUUUUCCAUGACCUACAAAGCUAUCACACCAGAUAUUCUUCCUGAUUCCGGCUGUGGGUCCUUAGCUGUCCUUUUUGAAGAAGGGGUGUUACAAAGUAUGCACUAUCCAGAGCACUACAACAACAUGGCAGACUGUCAAUGGAUUGUUUGUGCACCAGAGAGCCAUGUAAUCAAGCUGACAUACCAGUCAUUUGAAGUGGAAGAGAGUGAAGAUUGCUCUUAUGAUGCUGUAACUGUGUAUGAAGAUGUGGGGAAAGAAGAGGAACUUGCUAAGUCUUGUGGAUUUGAUCUACCAGCACCUGUUCUAAGCUCCUCUGCUGUGAUGCUGGUUGUCUUUCACUCUGAUGAAACAGAGACCUUUGGAGGAUUCAGAGCUACAAUCUCUUUUGUUCAUGUAACAGAUUUAGAUCCUUUGACUUCAACUAGUGAAGAAAAAUUUCAAGAUAAGGAAACAACUGAAGAAAUACAGGUUACAACAGAUGAUGUUUGUGGAAUGCCUUCAAAUCAGCCCAGGUUCAUCUUCAGUAGGAUAAUUGGAGGUGAAGAAGCUGUACCAUACUCAUGGCCUUGGCAGGUCAGUGUACAAAUUUCAGAUGAGCAUAUCUGUGGAGGAGCAGUUCUUGCCAAAGAAUGGGUUGUCACAGCUGCUCACUGCUUUAAUUCUAAGGAACUGUACAGCGACUCAUGGAUGGUGGUAACGGGACUUCAUGAUCUUACAGAGCAAGAAUACAGACAGGAAAGGUUGGUAAAGCAGUAUAUUAUACAUCCAAGCUUUAACAGGACCACUAUGGACUCUGAUAUUGCCUUACUGCAAUUGGCUGAACCCUUAGAGUUCAACCGCUACGUGCGCCCGGUGUGCCUCCCUACCAAGGAUGAGAUGGUGCAGCCCUCCAGCGUGUGUGUUGUCACAGGAUGGGGUGCACAUGACGAAGACAGAGAAAAUGGGAAAAAACUGCAUCAGCUGGAAGUCCCCAUUCUGGUUCUUGACACAUGUCAGAGCUAUUAUGUAAAUCUUCCUAGUAAAGUGACCCAGAGUAUGAUCUGUGCUGGAUUCCCACUGGAAGAUGGCAAGGACUCAUGCACAGGUGAUUCUGGUGGCCCAUUAUUUUGUCCUUCAGAAGAUAACUCGGGAUUUUACACCCUUCAUGGAAUCGCUAGCUGGGGCUUGGGAUGUGGAAGGAAGAGCUACCCAGGAGUAUACACAAAUAUUGGUGUUUUUGUUGACUGGAUCAAGCAGACUGUUAAUGGUACAGAUCUCCCUGUUUUCAUGGUGUGACCGUCAAAAGCACAGUUCUGAUGGACCACAUUGUAAAACUUUUCCAAAGUGCAAAUGUUACUGAAAGCAGAAUUUGGUGAGAGUGUGUUAGCUCACAGUUGCUGUAUAGAUUCCAAAGUAGCUGAUGCUUACCCUGGUGAAUUUACUGCAUGAAUUGAGACUUUGGCUUUACACAUGUGCUUGAAGCAGACAGUUACUUAUAGGCUUCUGACACUGUUAGUCUAACUUAGAAGGAAAGAGAGGGGAAAAUAAGCCACCAUAUAUCAUAUGGCAAGCAUAUCAGAAUAGCUUGGAUUGGAAGAGACUUCAAAGGUCAGCUAGUCCAAUGCCCUUGCAGUGCCCACAACCACAUCCAACCUGGUGUUGAAUGUCUCCAGGGAUGGUGCAUCCACCACCUCUCUGGGCAAUCUGUGCCAAGAUUUUACCACCCUCAUUGUAAAAAAUCUUUUCCUCGCGUCCAGCCCAAACCUCACCUCUUUCAGUUUAAAACCAUCACCUCUUGUCCUAUCACAACAGGCCCUGCUAAAAAGCCUCUCCUAUCUUUCUUAUAGGCCCCACAGUAGGUCUCCCCAGAGUCUUCAGACUGAAUUAACCCCAAGUCUCUCAGCCUUUCCUCACAGGAGAGGUGUUCCAGCCUUAUGAUUGUUUUUGUGGCCUCCUCUGGACCCUCUCCAACAGGUCCAUGUAUUUGCUGUACUGAGGACUCCAGAGCUAAAUGUAGUACUGAGCAGCACAUAAACACUGCAGAAGCAAGAUCAAGUAAGUGCCUGUGUAAAACGGGCAAUCAGUCAUUCUUCCAUUAAGGUCAAUGGGAGUGUUACCUGUGGCUCUGACAGGACAUAGGCAGUGGCAGUAAUAGAGCAUCACUGAGAAGCAGGAGAAUAUCAUGUCUCGUUAGUGAUGUGAAUUAAUCCAAUUGCAUGGAAAAAGGUACUUUUAAUAUAAUUUCUGUUUUACCAAAUGCGUGUUGUUUAAACAGAAGUGUUUGAAAACACAGGCCAAGGGCCUUUGGCACUAUGGAGGAGCUGACAGCUACCCUAAUUAAUCUGCACAUGUAAUUAAAGAGCUACUUUAAUCCACACACUGCAAACUGAGCAUAUUUACUUGUAAACAGCAAUUUGCUUAAUACUCAAAUGUCUGCUUAAACAAGAAAUUGUGGUUAUGGGCUCCAAUUAUCUUUGCAGGCUGUUCUGUACACAGUCUCAGUGUUCAGAAACAGAAUCAGUAUGAUAGUACAAUAGGUAACACAAGUAUAAUACUUCUUUGACAUAAUAGCUAGAAAGUAAGAAAGAUACCUCAUUUUGGUUCUGUUUAUAUCAAUAGCAAAAAUCGUUAGAGAUGUUUCCCAUACACGUGUUUGAUGUCAGUAGCCCUGUUUUUUUGAUGACACUGGCUUAGAACUUCUGGGUUGGUUUUGUUUUUUGUUUGGAUUUUUUCAUAAAAU